UUGAAAGUUGAAUGAAGUGUUUUGAUUUUUUCUGAUUGUUUAAAACUACUUGAAGGUGUCGUGUUUUAAGUUUAAUUCAUUUCGCUUUUCGGUGUCACCCGGUUUGUUAUUAAAAAUUAAAUUAUAAAAUAUGUUCUCUGCAUUGAAGAAAUUAACGAGAAGUGGCGAUGAUCGAUGCACAGCUCCGAUGCCAAUGUCGUCUUCCUUGCAGAAAAAGUUUUCUAGAGGCGUACAUUUUAAUAUGAAAAUUUUGAUCAAAGGCGACAGAAAUGUUGGUAAGUCAUGUCUCCUACAGCGUUUACAAGGAGGAGCAUUUACUGAAGAGUAUGUGCCUACUGAACAAAUACAAGUUGCACCAAUACAUUGGGCAUAUAAAAACACAGAUUUCAUUGUAAAGGUAGAAGUAUGGGAAGUAGUAGAUAAAGGUCGCACAAAGAAGAAGCCACCACUUGGCUUAAAACUUGAGAACCAGUCAGCACCAGUACCUGAAGAGGAAUAUGAUACUCCAGUGUUAGAUGCAACAUUUUUAGAUGUGUAUAAAAAUGCCACAGGUGUUAUUUUGAUGCUGGAUAUAACCAAGCCGUGGACUUUUGAAUACGUAGUCAAAGAGUUGAGUCGCAUCCCCGCUGAUCUACCUGUGGUGAUUCUUGGCAAUCAUUGUGACAUGCAACACCAUAGACAAGUGCACCCUCAUCAUAUUGAACAGGCCUUAUACCAUGCGAAAACUUCGAGAACGGCACCUAUCCGGUACGCAGAAUCAUCAAUGAGAAAUGGUUUUGGUUUGAGAUUACUGCAUAAGUUUCUCAGUAUUCCAUUCCUAAGGCUACAAAAAAGCAGUUUGUUGGAACAACUGCAAAGAAAUCAAAAGGAUAUGGAGGACAUAGAAAAUGAACUUGAUGAUUUUCAGAAUUCCGAGGAAUCUCACUACAACCUGUUCGUCGAUCGCUUGGCGAACAAGCGGCGUCAGAGCGCGGACCAGGAGCCGCGGGUCAUUAACGAACGCUCGCCAAGCAUCGUUCUAGGCGCUGGCAAGCCUAUCAUACCACCUAAUGUGAAUCCACUUUUAGCGCAGUCUCUGCACCCUGUUGUCGCCAAACCCCAAGAGUUUGAGCAAUCUCAAGUGAAACAGACUCAAUAUGUGAGCUCUGAUUUGAUGAAGACCAAGCCGCCAGUCAGUAUGGAGAUGACACCUUCGAAACUGCCACAAGAUAGCAUACCAAGUACACCGUCUGGUAAUAAUGUGUCAGUAUCAGGAUCGUCAGGCGCCUUGGACGAGUUUUACGCAGGUACUCUGGAUAGCAGCUUUUUGGAAGACCUAGGACCUAUAACCAAUACCAAUCAGGAGAUAAACUACGAGACAGAUAGUGAUGAGGAAACAACGUUGAAUCCUAAAGUAAUAGUAGAUGAAGAUGACCUUGAAGUAGACAAUGGGCCACCUUUUAGACCUGCUGAGGUGGUAGGUGCAGAGGUUGCUACAGAUCCAAUUAAAGAUGAAACACUGUCCAACAUGUUUUCAAUGCAAGCAACAAUAAGUAAGGACCGAGAAGAUAACAAUGACAGUUUUUCUAUACUCAGUAGAGAUCAGAAUGUCCACAUGCAUUCUGAUUAUCCAAUUUGGGCCGGGGAUUCUAGUGUUAGAAGAUCUCCAGAAGGUGGUGAAGAUCCUGAUAAUGCUAAAGAACUCGAUACAAAGGUGGAAAAGAAACACAAAAAAAAGAAGUCCAAGGAUAAAGACAAAGGUGAUUACAGUGACAAAUCAGAUCGGACUGAGAAGAAGAGCAAACACAAAAAGUCCAAAAGUGAGAAGCGACCAAAUCCCCAGAAAGAUUUACUAGAACCUUCAGUUGUUACGGAAUUUAAUUAUGAAGAAUAUGAUAGUAUUUAAUUGAAGAAUAUUGAAUUGCGAUGGCAUACAAUGAAGAAACGCAAAACGUGUGAACGGAUGUAUAUUGCCUUUUAUGUGGUUACUCCUUUUAUUGGAUUAAUAGUGUAUUUAGUUUAAGUAAUUAUUAUCCAAAAUGUUAAGUUUAUCUGAAUUUUCGAUGAAAAGUAAAUUUUGCGCGUUUAUCGACAUUUUGGAAAUACCUAGAAUUCAGAGUAGCGGUAUAUGUAUAUUCGUUUUAAUUAGGUAAGCUAUAUUUAAAUUCCAAUGAAAGCGUUUUAUCAAUCGCUUUUAAUUGUCUGCAUAAAUUCUAAGUUACAUAAAAUAACUGUGAUUUUUUUAUUAUUUACUUAAUAUUUUGAAAGUUCUCAGCAGACGUCGAAUUUUUAUAUAUUUGAGAUUGAAUGUCAGUUCAUACUUUUAGUUGAUUUAUAUCUAGUCAUUGCAAAAUAAUUUCUUUAUUCGUUUACUAGUUCGUGUGCUCACUAAUUCUUGUAUGUAUAAAUACCUAUGUGUUGAUCCUACAAAAUGCUUGAGGAAACACAAUUUUUUCAAUCGAAGCUACUCUUAUGAAUUUCAGUUACUUACACUUUUAGGUCUAAAUGUAUCUAAACAAUCAAAAGAUGUUUUUUUUUAUAAAAUAUUCAUUUAAAAAAUCACAGACUAGUAUUUCUAAAAGUACAGAUAACAUUUAUACGUAUAUUUCGACAAUUAUUUCGAUUUAGUUAAUCCUGAAGAUUUAUCUUAGAAGAAUUUUCGAUGAAAAGUAAAUUUUGCGAGUAAAUCGACAUUUUGGAAAUACCUAGAAUUCAGAGUAGCGGUAUAUGUAUAUUCGUUUUAAUUAGGUAAGCUAUGUUUAAAUUCCAAUGAAAGCGUUAUAUUAAUCGCAUGAAUUAUUUCCAUUUAGUUAAUCCUAAAGAUUUAUCUUAGAUUGUAACUUAUCGUUAAUAAAAUCUAAUUUUUUAUGUGUCAUAACUUUAGUUUCCGUCGCCCGGUGCAAAGAAAUUUCUUACAGUAAAUUUAAGGGACACCCAAUGUAUAAAGAAAUAUUAUAAAGGAUAGAGCCGUUCUUAAACGCGGGUGAUAAGGCGCCUUGAGCGUAUUCCUAAUAGUAGCUGCUGACUUAUUUUCCAUCAUACAGUUUUCUGAAGGGACCAUGUGGCCUACUCUACGCUUCUUAUAUCUAUUGACUUGAUACGCGUUGCAUUUCGGUUUGCGUGAACUAAAAGUAUAUUCUCACCCUCAAAUGUAUCGAAUGCUAUGGUCAAACUGAUCAAGAUUUUUGUAAGGGUCCAAUUGGAUUUGCUUGAAUAAAGAAUAUCACCGUUUACAUUUUUGUUCGCGGUAAGAAUAUCUUAGUCGCAAAGAGAUAUCUUAGCUCACGCGAUUCAUUAAAAAGAUACGAUUAUACUUUGUCUAGCUAUGAAAAAUAUUAAAUUAUAUAUAAUAGCUAAAAAGAAAUAUCCGCAGUUGAUUUUAAUAAAUCUUCAUUACUAAGAUCUGUUUGAUGUGUCAGAUGAUGCAGAAGAUUUAAUAAAUAGAUAACACCUUAUUUCGGAGUGGAUAAUUUCCAAGCUUGUAAGUAAAUAUAAUGUUUAUUGAUGGAUGGAAAAAUAUUUUAUAACAUAAGAGAUA